UUUCGAAGAAUGCGUAGAUGGUGAUUGGUCUCUUAUAUUGUAUGAUAGUAUUACUCACCUUGAUGAUGGUAUGUGUCCGAAGCAGGAAACCGCUUUCCGAAUCAAGAAUGCCAAUAAGCAUCAACAUGGACGAUGAAAGUUCUUUACAAAGGUUGCAAUCCCGAAUCAGAAGUGGUUCUUUUGACGGAGCAAGACGGACUCAUUUUAGUACAGUAUCAUUCGAGGAAGCACCGCAAAAAGACGAAUGUAGUGGUAAAGUUGAUAUGCCGCACCUGGAUAUUUUCGCGGAGCAAUUAUCGGAUACACAGCCUGAUGAGCAGCCGGAAAGUUUAAGAGAGCAACAAACUCAGGCUUUUUCACCGGAUAAAGCAAAAGAGCACCAGAACGAAGCUGAAACUGCUCGCCAAUACAGAAAAGGAGAAAGUGCUAUUUUUGAUGCUGCUAGAAAGGAAACAAGAGAGCAGUACCGAAAAAGUAUGUAUGUUCCCACAGAGCAACCAACACAGAUGGAAUGUAUGAACUGAAGUUUAGCAACUUUUAAUUUUGAUCACCGUGUUACUAGCUGUAUUUCAUUUGGUAUCUAAUCUUUCGUGUGUCUUUAAGAUCUCAAUAGUUAGCGAGAAUCUAUCAUCUCAAUCAUACACUGUAUUGAAGUAUUUUAUUGCACAUAAU